UUGAGAAGCUUGCACACAUUAUUGCAGUCUGCUUCAUUAUAUAUACAUAUAUAAUACAAAGGAUGGAAAAAAAAUGCAUGCUUUUGUUCAAUGCACACGCUCGCUCGUCAAGAUUAAUAGGAGAAGAGAGAGAGUACAGCUAAAAUUUCCUGCUAAUUAAUGGAGGGGUGGAAGCUGUACUCCCUCGCUUCUCCUGCUUAUUUUUGAUGAAAUUCUACAUUUAUCCUCUCUCUCUCGCGAACCCAUACACAUACAAACAGAUGUACUAUGCACUCUCUGGUUGCAUUACAAUUUCAUGCAAAAAAGAUUUUGUCCAAGUUGCAAAAGGUGGACUGUUGUUCAUCAAAGCGCGCUGAAAUAAGUAGUAGGGAUUUUUUAUAUAUGGUAAUUUCAAAAGUGGAAUUACAUGAUGAUAGAACAAAGCAGAAGGCCAUGAAAGCCGCCUGUAGCCUUUCAGGGGUUGCAGAGAAAGAGGGUGGUGUUACUCUUGAACACUUGAGGAAGAGAAUGGCGGAGUUUGCAAAGGAAAGGGACUGGGAUCAGUUUCAUAGCCCAAGAAAUCUCCUUUUGGCUCUGGUGGGAGAAGUAGGAGAGCUGUCGGAGAUAUUUCAGUGGAAAGGAGAGGUUCCAAGAGGACUGCCUGAUUGGAAGGACGAAGAAAAGCAACACCUUGGUGAAGAGCUAUCAGAUGUCUUGCUCUACCUUGUCAGGCUUUCUGACAUAUGUGGUAUUGAUCUUGGUAAAGCUGCACUUCAUAAGCUUGAGCUCAAUGCCAUUAAAUACCCAGUCAUGCUUUCCAAGGGCUCAUCUAAAAAAUACACGCAAAUCAACGCAGCAGACGAUGACAUUGGUAAUCGUGGUGCUACAGGCAUCAGCAACAGUGAUAGCAGCAAAAGCAACACUGGUGUUUGAUCUUUCUUUUUUUUUUUUUUUGGGGUCUGUUUUUUGGUCCUUGACUUAUUCAUGCCGAUCUCUUUUUAGGUUCCUAAAGUUAUCCUUUUUGUUUUUAUUUAAAUUUUAACAUGAAUCUCAUAUAUUGUCUUGUAGUACUAGGCUUUUGGAUGUGUCAUGUAUGUAUAAUCUGUUUUCUUGA